GUCUUUGUAUAAAGAGGAGACAACCUCCAACCUUGUACUUCAAAAAAAUCUAUUGGAGGAAGCAACACAAACAAAGAUGGGUUCUUCUUCUGCUCUGCUCUAUCUCUUCUAUCUUAUCCUGCUGCUGAAGACAGUCAUUUCUCUGGCAGACAGCCCUGCAGGAAGAGUCCUAAGGCUGGACUUGCAUCAUGUUCGGGGACCCGGCUCUUCUCUUAUUAAUGAUUCCUCUACAGCACUUUCGGUUCUUCUUGCUCACGAUCAGAGUCGCGUUGAGUCACUGAUCCAGAGAAUCAACAGGAGUGCAUCAAGAUCGUCUGCUGGGACGAAAAAUAGGUCAGUGUCGGUGAGUAUCCUUGGCCCAGAAUCAGUAACAGUUCCCGUCAACCCGGGCCAGUCCAUCGGGUCGGGCAAUUAUUUCAUCAAGCUUGGCCUCGGCACGCCCCCUAAGUUCUACUCCAUGAUCAUGGACACAGGGAGUUCCCUCUCAUGGCUCCAAUGCGAGCCCUGCACUAUUUCCUGCCACCCCCAAGCUGACCCAGUGUUUGAUCCUUCUGCCUCUAAGACAUAUAAAACAUCCCCAUGCUCCUCCUCGGAGUGUUCUCUGCUCAAGGCGGCGACCCUGAACAGCCCGUCCUGCUCCAGGUCAGGCUCAUGCAUUUACGUAGCGAGCUAUGGGGACAAUUCCAUCUCAGUCGGGUUCCUGGCACGGGAUGUCCUGACCCUGGGCCCAGCUGGGGCAAGCCCGAGCUUUGUGUUCGGGUGUGGCCAGGACAAUGAGGGGUUGUUUGGGCGAGCUGCAGGGAUCAUCGGGUUCGCUCGACAAUCUCUCUCCAUGCUUGGCCAGCUUUCACAAAAAUUCGGUAAUGCAUUCUCAUACUGUCUUCCAGCUUCCACAGGCGGAGGGAAGGGCUUCCUGUCGAUUGGGAUAGGUUCAUCUGGGAAAGUGCCCUAUAAGUUCACUCCAAUGCUGACUGACUCACAGGUACGGAGUUUGUACUUUCUGAGCUUAGCGCUUAUCAAAGUUGGGGGCAGGCCGUUACCAGUGCGAGCUGCAGAGUACAAAGUUCGGACGAUAAUCGACUCAGGAACAGUCAUCACUCGAUUGCCCGGUCCCAUCUACUCCGCUUUGAGCCAAGCCUUCAAGAGUAUCAUGUCCCGGAAAUUUGCCUCUGCCCCGAGCUAUUCCAUACUGGACACAUGCUUCAAGGGCAGUCUCAAGAGUGGAUCAGUGCCUCCAAUACAGCUGGCUUUCGUGGGUGGGGCAGAGCUCGUGCUGAAUCCUGAAAACGUCCUCAUAGACACUGAGGAGGGGACCACUUGCCUUGCAUUUGCAGGGAGCUCGGGAGAUGGAGGAAUUGCAAUUAUAGGCAAUAGGCAACAACAGACAUUUGAGGUUCUCUAUGAUGUCUCGAGCUCAAGGAUCGGGUUUGCUCCAGGUCGCUGCCAUUGAUCGAUUGCAUCAGCAUAUUUAUUUGAGUGGAUUGAGUUUGUGUGAGAAUUUGCAAGACAUUAUCAUGAAUAUCGUCAGUAGUCAAGAGUCACAAGGAUGUUGUCAGACAGUUUGAUGCGCAUCUGUUUGUUUUCCUUAAAAUGUAAACUACAGAAAUAUUGAUUCAGCUGUAAAUGUAACUGAAAGAACUCCUGUACCUAAAUACUGGAUUUUCUUAUUCUGUGAGGUGUCGAGGGUACACCCCGUUAUAACA